AUGGCAGAGCUUUGUGUGCGCUCCGUUCUGGUGACUGGGGCCAACCGUGGCAUCGGCCUGGGGCUCAUCCAGCAUUUCCUGAGGAUGCCAACCCCACCCCAGUGGGUCUUUGCAGGAUGUCGGGACCCCAAGGGACAGCGAGCACAGAAUUUGGCCUCCAAGCACCCCAGUCUAGUCAUCAUCCCACUUGAAGUCACCAACCCUGCCAGCAUCAAGGAGGCUGCAGCCAGAGUCAGGGAGCAUCUGAGGGGCUCUGGGCUGAAUGUCCUCAUCAACAACGCUGGAAUUGAAAAGCUGAAGUCACUUGAUAAUGAGACAUUGAAGAAUAUGACCCAGAUUUACACCACCAACACAACUGGACCCCUGCUACUAGGCCAAGGGAGUCCCCAGCACUGCAGGAUAUCUCCAGGAAGCAUCCCUUCCCAUGUCCUUGCCCUCCCAAAGCUGGCCAUCACAGAAG